AUGGUUGAGUCGACGGCCCUGCUGACGGCCGCCAUCCUCAGUGAUGGGGAGAGCAAGGGCAGCGCCGGCACCUACGCCGUUCGCGCUGCCUAUGCUGCCGCCUUUAGUCGGUUCGUAACCGGGCUUUUGGACGGUCAUCAGGAUAAGCAGCGCAAGCUGAGCAUGUACUCGGUGGCAAAGACCAUCGGGUUGCCGGCGACCUUUGUCGAGCUGCGGCACCAAGCGACGCACGAGACGUUGCCGUCUCUCGCGAAGCUGCGAUCCGCAGCCCGCAAAGCGCUGGUGUGGAUUUGGGAGUAUUACUGGCAGCACCUGGGGCCCGAUGAGGUCGAUAGACAGGCUCCCAAGAGAACAGGCGGCAUCGGCGUCGGCGUCGGCGUCGCUGUCGCUGCCGCGCCUGUGCGCCGAGAAAUUGUGGUCGCUUUCCUUGAGGAGCAGGACGUGGGGAGGAGGGCCGAGAUGAGGAAGUGGAUUGACGGGCUUGACGAAAGUCGGUUAUUGGCGACGCUGGAGAAGAUUGCGGAGGCGCCGCCGAAUGAGGCCGUCAUGCUUGCGGCUCUGCGGUUGUCAAAGGACAUUUUGCAGAGGGAGCAAAUAGAAGGGCAGAGCGAGACAGAAAUUACGAGAGGCAGAGGCGAGGCUGGACAGGAGAUAUCACAGUCAAAGGACGUUUUGAUGUCGGCGGCAAUGGACGCUGCAGUUGGGCCCGUCGAGAGAGAGGAGGCUCCAGAGGGCGCAGGCACCGGAUGGGCCAAGUCUGAGGGGACUUGGAAGCCGCGUCCGAUUGGCGUCGCGUGA